UCUUUAACCAGUGUGCUAUCUGUCAAAGUUGUGCAAUUUUACCCGAUUUGAAAAACUGUUUUUAUCGGAAAGUAUUCGUUAAUUUUACGCUUGCCAACCUCCACGAAAUUACGAAUAAAUAGAAUUACCUUUUCUGUCCGCGCGAGACUGCCGUAAUUUCCGUCUUAAUAGAAAAAUGCUUGCUUAAUCCUCCGUAAAAUUCGAAGACUUGCUCCGAUAAAACUUCAGUGAAGUCCUGAUUUUAUUUAUUUUUCUAUCGAUUACUUGAUUCCCAAGCAACGUCAGAAUCAGUAGUUCAACAGUCGGGAAAAUGUUUUUCAAACAUGCAAUUAAACGCCUUUCCAUGGCUCGGAUGCCAUACUCAACAGAUGUGAAAAGUGCACUUGCGGCGCUCCGCAAAAAGACCGGCUACACCUUCGCAAACUGCAAAAAGGCUCUGGAAAUGCACAACAAUGACCUGGCGAAGGCAGAACAGUGGCUCAAUCAACAAGCGCAAACGAUGGGUUGGGCCAAGGCAACCAAACUGGAAGGGCGCGCAACGGCGCAAGGUCUUGUGGGAGUACUCGUGCGGGAGAAUAUCGGAGCCAUGGUUGAAAUCAACUGCGAAACGGAUUUCGUUGCGAGGAACGACAACUUCAAGAAUUUCGUAAGUCACGCCACAAAAGUGUGCGCGCAGUACACAGAAAUGACGGACUUCGAUGGGGACCUAUGGAAGCUAGGAUUCGAAAGCGAAGCACUUCGAAACCUAAAACUUGACGACGGGAAGACCCUUGGUGAUCACUUAGCUCUUCUAAUUGGAACAGUUGGAGAGAAUGCGACUGUCAGGCGGGCGAUUUGCUUCAAAACAAACAACGAAUUGAGUUUGUUUGGCUACACACAUCCCUCGAAAGACUCAACCAUUCCGCAACCAAAUGAAGUGCGAUUCGGCCGCUACGGAGCGAUUGUAGCGUUUCGCAGCGCUGAAACAAACUUGGAUUUGCAGAAGAAUUUAGUGCAACACAUCAUUGGUAUGGACCCCAAUAAAGUUGGAGAGAAAGGAAAGGAUGAACCAGUUGAGAAUAAGGACGACGAAAAAUGUCUGAUCCAUCAGGAAUAUUUGCUAGACCCUAGCGCGACAGUAGGGGAAAUUUUGCAGGAGAAUCAGUUGGAAGUGGUCGAUUUUCAACGAUUUGAGUGUGGGGAACCCUCUAAGAACGAAGCCUUCGCAGCCGAGAAACUUGUAAAUUAGUGAAUACCAAUAAAAUAGUCUUAACUACAUGUCUUUA